CAUGAGUGACGCAGACGCUGCAUGAAUGUCUGUAGUUACCACUAGCUACGGUUGUUGCUGUUGCCUGGGCAGUGGCUGUCAAAUAGGCUAGCGAAGCUACCUUUGUCAUGAUUUUGUAGCAACACCUCUCCUGAAAAUAUAGUAACCAUAUUUGAAAGAUACCUUGAAUUAGCAUCAGAGACGCUGGGCGAAGAGCAAAAGAGUGAGAUGAAAUGACAACGUCAACAUUACAGAAAGCGAUUGAUCUUGUGACCAAAGCCACAGAGGAGGACAAGAACAAGAACUAUGAGGAAGCCUUGCGCCUUUACCAGCAUGCAGUGGAGUACUUCCUGCAUGCUAUCAAGUAUGAGGCACACAGUGACAAGGCAAAGGAGAGCAUACGUGGGAAGUGUAUGCAGUACCUAGACCGGGCCGAGAAACUCAAAGAUUUCUUGAAAAACAAAGAAAAAACAGGGAAGAAGCCUGUCAAGGAAGCACAGAGUAAUGAUAAGAGUGACAGUGACAGCGAGGGUGAAAACCCAGAGAGAAAGAAACUGCAGGAGCAACUGAUGGGUGCCAUUGUAAUGGAAAAGCCCAAUGUCCGGUGGAACGAUGUAGCUGGGCUGGAGGGAGCUAAGGAGGCCCUGAAGGAAGCUGUAAUCCUGCCCAUUAAAUUCCCUCACCUCUUCACAGGCAAACGCACUCCAUGGAGAGGGAUUCUUCUCUUUGGACCCCCUGGGACUGGAAAGUCUUACCUGGCCAAAGCAGUAGCCACAGAAGCCAACAACUCCACCUUCUUCUCUGUGUCAUCAUCAGACCUCAUGUCCAAGUGGCUUGGAGAGAGUGAGAAACUGGUGAAGAACCUGUUUGAUCUUGCCCGCCAGCACAAGCCCUCCAUCAUCUUUAUUGACGAGGUGGACUCGCUCUGUGGCUCCAGGAAUGAGAAUGAGAGUGAGGCAGCCCGGCGGAUUAAGACCGAGUUCCUGGUACAGAUGCAAGGUGUGGGCAACAACAACGAUGGAAUCCUCACCCUUGGAGCCACUAACAUUCCCUGGGUUCUGGAUGCUGCCAUCCGUAGAAGGUUUGAGAAGCGUAUCUACAUCCCUCUCCCAGAGGAGCCCGCCAGGUCCCAGAUGUUCCGGCUGCACCUGGGCAACACACCCCACAGCCUGAGUGACGCAGACCUUCGUCAGCUCGCCAAAAAGACAGAAGGCUACUCCGGGGCUGAUAUCAGCGUCAUUGUACGAGAUGCCCUCAUGCAGCCUGUCAGGAAAGUGCAGUCAGCCACACACUUCAAAAAGGUGCGAGGGCCAUCCCGUGCCAACAGUCAAUUGAUGGUGGAUGACCUUCUGACCCCGUGUUCGCCUGGGGACCCAGCUGCCAUAGAAUUAACCUGGAUGGAUGUGCCUAGCGACAAGCUGCUGGAACCCAUCGUCUGCAUGUCUGACAUGCUGCGGUCACUGUCCACCACGCGUCCCACAGUCAACAGUGAAGACUUGUUCAAGGUCAGGAAGUUCACAGAGGACUUUGGACAGGAGGGCUAAGAGGUCCUGGUCAGCCAGAGGCUUCACUACUCCUUACUCUGUUUGUCCUCUCAAGCCCCAUUCAUACAACCUCCUGCCAAGUAGUAGCUACAGUACUACCACACUACAAACUUGGAUUUGUUCGACUAACCUGCAUUGGCAAGAAUGAUGGAGCAUUUAACCUCAUACCAUUUCCCUCCGAUCAUACACUAUUGCAGUCCUGAAGACUGAGACUAUAUUUUUUUUGCCAUCCUGCACUUUAAGUUGUUAAUCAUUAUGAAGGAAGGGUGAAGAGCUUUUGAACAAUUACAUUUAACAUAGCUCUUGUCUUGCAUGUGUGUAAGUCAUAGGCUGUGUUUAAACAGGCAGCCCAAUUCUGCUUUUUUUUCCACUAAUUUGUCUUUUGACUAAUCAGAUCAGCGCUGAAGAUCUGAUGUGAAUGGUCAAAAUACCUAUUAGUGGAAAGCGAUAUCAGAAUUGGGCUGCCUGUUUCAACGCAGCCUUAAUGUAUGUCUUGUGUAGGAGCGCUCUGCUUUUAAAUGAAUUGAGUUGACUGACCAUAGCUACCCCCUCUCCCAGGCCCCACUAGAGCUGCCCCUAUGUUACAGGCAGUGUUACUUACACUAUUUAUGAUUAUUUAUUUUAUUCUAUUUUAUCUGGUCAAGAUGUGUUGACUGUAUGAGUGACUGAGGACACAGCUGAUCAUUGACUGGGAGAGGUAUUUACAUUUCACUAUUUCUCUGACAUGUUAUGUGAAUGAAGAUGGGGACAAGAGCCCUUUUCUAUUUCUGGAUCUGAGCAUUGAAAAUAAUAGUUCCAUGACAGACAUGAUCAUAUUGUUCCUAUAUGUCAUAAUAGUAUUGCUGUGUCUGUAUAGUUGGGGGUGUCUGUUCUGGUCCCAAAGGGGAUCUCACUGCAGUUACACAUAUCCAUGAUAACCUGACUUAGUGAAUCCAGAAUUCUAAAAUAAAAAGAUGUUUGUCAUUA